AUGAAGCCCAUAUUCAAUCGAAUCGUCCGAUUCCGCGAUAUGAAGGGCCAGCAUAUGUAUGGCGAGGCACCACGAGGGGAUGAUUUCCUUGGCCAAAUAGUACAUGUUUACGAUGGCUCCAGCCCAUGGGACCCGAAUCUGAAAGCCACAGGGCAGCGUGCAGAGAUAGUUGAGGUCCUGUGCCCUAUUCCCUGGACGCCGAUAGUCUACGGCAUCGGUCUAAACUACAAGACUCACAUCGGUGAGGCCAAUAUGGCCACGCCCAAACACCCAACUGUCUUCACAAAGCCCCCUGAUUCUCUCAACGGACCAUUCUCGGACGUGGUCAUCCACAACGCGUGCGAGAAUAUGGACUACGAGGGCGAACUCGUCGUGGUUGUGGGCCAGGAUUGCAAGAAUCUCGCCACACGGGACGAGGCGCUGUCUAAGGUGCUCGGCUAUACCACGGGAAACGAUGUGAGCAGCCGCUGGUGGCAGAUGCCGGAGCACGGCGGCGGCCAGCACGGCUUCGCCAAGAGCUUUGACGGUUUCGCACCGGUUGGCCCUGUGAUAGCAGCUCCGGAGGCGGUCAGCGGCCAUGCCGGGGUCGGGAGCCUAGAGCUCGCGACAAGGGUCAACGGGGAGGAGAGACAGAGAGCACGUCUGGAUGAUCUGCUAUUUGGCGUUGCCGAUCUCCUAAUCCACCUAACCAAGGGGGUGACGGUGCGUGCCGGAACCCUUAUUAUGACUGGCACGCCUGGAGGAGUGGGUUUCUUCAUGAACCCACAAACUUGGCUGAAGCAGGGCGACGUGGUCGAGGUUGAGAUCUCUCGUAUUGGAGUCAUUAAGAACAGAUUCAUCAAGGACUAG